AACAGUCAGCAACGUCAAACAAAUAAUUGUCAUCAGUUUGUACAGUGCAACUGGUGCAACUUUUCGUGUUAAUUUUUCAUCGUUUUCCACCGAUUAUUCAUUUGGUGUACUGAUAGAAAUGAUUUAUCAUUAAUCUCCAAUUCCACCGACAUCUUGCUGCGCUGAACCAGCAGUGGAUGCGCCGUAAAGUUGCAUUUAAAUAGUAUCAUACAGCGACACAAAAGCGGCGAAAGGUUUCCGCGCCGAAUGACGUGGAGAAAACAGCCCAGGUCUCAACACUGCAGCGCUUUUCCAAACGAUUACGGCAAAGAGUCUAGUUCGGCUGUGAAUAAGCAGAACACAGUUGUACAAUGUUCGAAAUUACAGACACACAGAAAAUCGGAGUCGGUUUGGCUGGCUUCGGAAUAACGUUUUUGUUCCUGGGCACGCUUUUACUGUUCGACAAAGGACUGCUGGCGAUAGGAAAUAUACUGUUCGUGUGCGGUUUGGCCUGCGUGAUUGGCCUAGAACGAACGUUUCGCUUUUUCUUCCAAAAGCAUAAAAUGAAGGCUUCUAUUGCAUUUUUCGGAGGUAUCGCAAUCGUACUGCUCGGUUACCCAUUGAUCGGAAUGCUGAUCGAGAUGUACGGCUUCAUACUGCUGUUUAGUGGGUUCUUCCCGGUGGCCAUAAACUUUUUACGUCGGGUACCAGUGCUAGGCAACAUCCUCAAUAUGCCCGGCAUUAGCAGGACCAUCGAUUGGUUGGCGGGCGAAUCGGACCGAACAACGGAAAAUGCUUACUCCAACUGGGAAAAAUAGUACGACCUGCCAUACUAACCCGGAAAAACCGAUACGAUCGAAGCGAAAGGGUGUGUGUGUCUGUCCCAUUCGUCAUGCUUGGAAUGCUUAAACUUAACCAAUAAAUGAUUCCUUACAGUCGUAUACCCCGAAUGCUCCCGUUCGACGGGAUGUGGUUCUUGGUAGACAGUCCAA